GUAACCCUAACCCCGCGCGAGAGAAUCCACCCGCUCUCAUAGUAGAGAUCUGUCUGGACAUGAUUCGCAACACCCAGGAACACUCGCUUUCUCGCUUGGUCUACCCACAGGCAACCGGUAACCCUAGCGGACCACGGCAUCUUGCAAACCCACGCUGAUUGCCUGCUUGACUGGUCCGCCCUUCAUACGUAUCGGUCGUCCUCAUGUGGUCAUUACGGGGACAACCUAUUCAGACACCGACAACCGCCGAGUCCUUCAUCCGCGAGCUCGACCACGACGAAGACCUCGAAAGCUUCGUACACAGGGAAGAACAAGAGAUCACCCUAGCUGCCGGCGGGUCAUUCGACCUCCUCCCACAGGGAGAACCAACGAACUUGGACGACGACCCUUUCUCGACCUCUUUUGACCACUUUGCACCAGCGAUGGGCGCCCGAAUGGAUUGUUAUAUGGGCAUGGAUAUGGAGCCGGGGGUGGACAACUGGACGGGGCAUCCCCAUGAUUCCAUGCAGCAUUUGGGGGAUGUGGGUGGGCAAGAGGCGAUUGAUCUGGACCAGUAUGCGGACAUUGCAGACAUAUCUCAUCCGCAGAUGGCCCAGGCGAACGUGGCUUACGCGAACGUAGCGCAUGCGAGCGUGGCUCACGGGAGCAUGUCUGCGGAACAGAUACCCACGAGACAGAUCCCAGAAGCGAUGCAGCAUGGUCAUCAUCACUCACACCCGCAAACGGUACGAGACAUAACACCGACACUGGAGGAUGCCGCGAUAGACGACUUUGCCAUGCGACUGGACGACUCGGGAGCGAAUGGUGCUGUGAACGGCGUAGAAGAAGAGGAUUAUGAGGACAACGGGGAAGGCUUCGCCGUUACCGAAGUGCCGUCAUCUCCAACGCCCUCCGCCACCACCCACAUCCCCGCACCUAGCUCCGGCACCGCCCUCUACUACGACCCCGCCCUCCUGUCACAUCGAAACCUCUUUUGCAACCAAGCCGACGCCGAUGACUACCCGGAAACGCCAGAACGAGUCCACAACGCGUACGAGACGCUCAAAACGCACGGAUUGGUCGACCGGUGUGUCCGCCUGGCCGCACGGUCUGCCACCUCGCACGAGCUGCGGCGGGUCCACACUGAAGGCCACAUCGAAGAGAUCAACAAAACGCGGACCAUGGACCUCGUUCGACUAAAGGAUAUGUCGGAGCGGCGGUACAAUGAUGUGUUCUUUUCCUCCGAGACCGCAGACGUCGCGAGACUCUCGUGUGGUGGGGCCAUUGCCGCUGCGGAAGCGGUCUGGACGGGCAAAGUACGCAACGCGGUGGCGCUGAUCAGACCGCCAGGCCACCACGCCGAAUCAACAAAAGCGAUGGGGUUCUGCAUCUACAACAACGUCGCCGUCGCCGCCAAAGCCCUUCAAAGCGCCCACGGCGCCCAGCGCAUCAUGAUCCUCGACUGGGACGUGCACCAUGGCAACGGCACCCAAAAGGUCUUCUACAACGACCCCAACGUCCUCUACGUCAGCCUGCACCGCUUCGACGACGGCAAGUUCUUUCCCUACCUCACCAUCGGCGGGAUGGACUACGUCGGCGGCAAAGGCGCGGAAGGCAAGAACGUGAAUAUACCAUGGCCGUGCGAGGGCAUGGCCGACGCGGACUACAUUCACGCCUUCCACCGCGUCGUCAUGCCCAUCGCGUACGAAUUCAACCCGCAGAUCGUCCUCGUUUCCGCAGGCUUCGAUGCGGCUGCGGGUGACCCGCUCGGGAACUGCGGCGUCACCCCCGCCGGGUACGCACAGAUGACACUGAUGCUGAGCGGGUUGGCGGGCGGGAAGGUCGUGAUGUGUCUUGAGGGCGGGUACCAUGUUGAUGCGGUGGCGUCGUCGGUGGUGGCGGUCACGAGGGCGUUGUUGGGGGAUGGGGUGCCGUGCGUGGAUGUGGCGCGGGGGCCGGGGGAGGUGGCGGUGGAGACGGUGCAGAGGGUGACGGAGGUGCAGUCGUUGUAUUGGAGGUGUUUGAGGCCCGUGUUUGAGAAUACGAAGGUUAAGGCGGCGGCUUAUGAGUUGCAACGGCGUAUGGUUUCUUUACCUGACAUAUUAAAUGGCUACCGGGAACACUACCUCUCCACGAAGCACGGCCUAAUCCACCACACGAUCAAGAACGAUCCCCUCGCUGACCGGUUCAACGGUCAGAUUCAUCUCAGUCCCAAUCUCUCGUCACAUACGGGAUUACUAUUCAUCUUCAUACAUCCGAGUUUUGACGAAACAAAGGGCCGGUUAAGCGCACAUACAAACACGCUGAAAAUCACCGAAACGUACGUGUACGACCCAACCACACAAUACAUCGACAGCAUCAUCUCGGGCGGGCAUGCCUUCAUUGACGUGCAGCCCGGGAUCGGCGGUGAUGUGGACGAGACGGCGUUGAUUGUGAAGGAGGUGGCGAAAUACGUCUGGGAUAAACAUGGCCGCACCUCCCCAGCCCGCAGAGUAAUCCUCCUCGGCGUCAACGAAGGCGCCGGUGCGCUGCUUAACUUGGUCGCGCUCAGACCGGACCUGCAAAAACGCACCCUGUCCAUCGUGUCGCUCAUAGCUGCUGGAACGCCGCCGCCGAUGCACUCGAGUUGCGCUGAGUGGUAUUUUAACAACUCGCGCGUGUACACAUGGUCCGAAGACAAACUGGGCGCCCCGAUCAAGACGGAGAUGACGGAGAUGAAGCGCGGGAAAUGUUUUUCGGCUGGACCUCAACCUCCCACCCCAACAUCCUCCAUCCUCCUCGACAUGCUCCACCUCCGCGUCUUCUCCUACCUCGCGCGAACGCUCGGCGUCGUCUACGCCGCGCAACUGGCUGCCAAACCACUGGGUGAAUCCAUCACUAUCGAUGACAGUAAUGAGACGGGGCGGAGUGUGGGGGAUCAAAGGAAGGGAAAGGACGCAGCGACGGUACCACAGCGGGUAUCACGGCCGACAGCAGGCGGGGUGUCGUUACCACUCCCCCCAUCAUCAUCAUCUUCAUCAUCACGUCCCCACCAACAACAGACCAUGCAAAGCACAACACCGAAACCCCGUAAACGCGCCCGCUCCGAAACACCCACCCCGCCCCCGGAGCUCAUCGACGUGUUCGACGAGCCGUUGUCGCCCGAACCCGCCCCACGGAGCGCACCCGUCUCUAAACACACGCCAGCAUCAUCGACGUCGAGAUCGGCGGGGUUGGGCACGAGGGUGAAGAUGGCGAGUGAGAAAGGGUUCCCGCCGAGGAGGCCGAAGGGGACGGAGGUUGUGGUGGAGAUUAGGAGUGCGUCGCCGGCGGGGAGGAGGGAUGGUGGGGCGGGUGAAUAGGAUGGAAGGGGAUGGGUACGGGCGGUAGGUAGCACUCAAACGGCUUAUUGGUGGGGAUAUGCAGGUGUUUUGGCCGUGUGGGAAGAUGCGCGGAUGGCGAGUCUGUAGGCUCGGGGAUUUGGGGGAAUGUUAAACAUACAUGUACAUACAUGUGGUUUGUUGGAUGAAACCCCCGUCAUGCCUGUUCUCUGUUCUCCCUCAAGGCCCUCCUUCUCCUCCUUCCCCGUCGACAUCGACCAGAUCUUAACUGAUUCAACCUAGAAAGUAAAGUAGCAAUAUAAUGGCUAUCACGGCAAAUAAACGGGCAAAUAUGGGACC